AUGAAAGGUAUUAGAAAGUGUAAAGAAGCUCCUUCAACAGAUUUAUUAGUCUGUUUUCCUUCAAGAGCUCAUCUAACACUUAUGCCAAGUCCAGCCUCUCAUCAUCACCAUUUAAAAAGAUCAAACACAAGAGGUAUUGGACCUGCUGGCCAAGCUAGUCCUAUGUUAUGGAAAAGGACUGAGAUUUCUGAGCCAACAUCACCAAAAGUUACUUGUGCUGGACAAAUCAAAGUAAGACACAAGCCGAAAACAUGUAAGAUCAAGAAUUGGCAAUCAGUAAUGGAAGAGAUUGAGAAGUUACAUGUUAAGAAGCAGAAAAAGAAAAAACUUGUUUGGAAUAUGGAAGGAGUUGGAUUCAAGAAAGACGCGAUGCAGUUGUUGACAUGUUUGAGGAAUAUAAGAUUUGAUUUUCGAUGUUUUGGAUCGUUUCACACUGAUGAAACAGAUGUUAUCACUUCUGAUGGUGAAGACGAAGAUCAGGAAGAUGAAGAGGAAAAUGAUGAUGAAGCGAAAACAGCAUCAAGAACUGUUUUCUCUAAGUGGUUUAUGGUUUUACAAGAAAACCAAAAAACAGAGGAAACAGAGCAUGCCAAAAAAACAGAGGAAACAGAGUACUCUGUUUUUGGUCAUAAUGAUGCUCCACCACCUAACGCACUUUUGCUUAUGCGUUGUCGUUCUGCUCCAGCAAAAGGUUUGCUGGAGCAGAAACACAAAGACAACGACAAUGAUGAUGCUCAACGAAAGAAUGAAAAAUCAAGAACGGAGAAUAAUAAUAAGAAGAAAAGCUUAGUAGUGAUGAGAUAUGGGAGUGAUUUCUACAAAUUUUCAUCUGAUAUAUCAAAGGAGAGUUGGGUUAUAGGUGGAAUUAAAGAUCCAUUUUCAAGAAGUCGAAGUUCGAAGAGGUAA